UACACUGACUGCUCAGGGCUGUAAUGUGAGAGUACAGAGUGGGCUGGAUUGUACCAUGAUUGACAGUGACUGGGUGAGGGCCCCGCACAGCUGUUUGCGAAGUUGAAGAUUUCCUGUUUCCUCUGGAGUUGCUAAAGGGAAGGCACGGAGUUUGUGGGCAGCGAACGGUGCCUGUUGGAAUGUGCCGAGUUUUAUUCGCCGCUUUAUAGCAGCCCGAGACCAGGGGAGGGGGAGGCUGCUCUCUGAAAACUUUCUUUGGCUGGAUUAAUUGAAUCCUAUGUGCUGAAUCUACAGCGAGACUGUUUAUGGGACCUGGAUGUUAUAACAGCGCUAUGGGUCUGGGCGGCUGCUUGUGGCUCCUCAUAGGGUUUUGGAGUUUGACAGGCAGCUCGGUUUCAAUCAACUUUCCUAUAGACCAGGAUUCUUUUCGUUUGUGCAAGUUUUGUGAUAAGAUGCCGACGAACUGCAGUGAUAGAGGCCGAUGCAGGAUCAACUGUGAUGUGACCACUUUUUGUGAUCCAGAAGAUGCUUGUGUAGCAAUAUGGAGGAUGAAAAACCAGAAUGCAACUAUAGAAACUAUGUGCCACAGCCUUACAAAGGAUCUCUUUGGCCACAAGCUGGAAAUCCAUAGCGGGAAGAAAUGUGUUAUGCAGAGAAAAAAGUCUCCUGGGGAAACUCUGUACAUUUGUGCAUGUUUGGAAGAGGAGUGCAAUGAAGAAUUAUUCUUCAAAGAUGACAAAGAUACAAAUAUGAAUGAUACUGACCAAAGAGCUCUACCCAGAUCACCAAAUGAUGGCAAAUAUCCAGUUAAAAGUGGAGUCUAUAAAAAUGCACCUGUUUUAUGCAAGUCAUGUGAAAUGAGAACAACAGCAUGCGAAAAAGAAGGCUGGUGCAACAGCUCAUGCGAAACUACCAAAAAGUGUGAAUAUGGAGAUGUUUGUGUAGCUAUAUGGAGAAAUAACAACAACAUCUUUACAGAAGAAUCAUUAUGCCAUAACCCAUCCCAGACACUGCACGGGCAUACUCUGGAUGAUCAUGGCUCUUCAAACUGUAUUAUGAAAUCAAAGGAGACGAAUGGCGAAGCAUUGUUCAUGUGCUCUUGUAAUGCCAAUGAAUGCAAUAGUAAAUUCUUCAGAGGCCCGAAUACUAAAACGCCUACCAAAUGGAAACUAAAUGCAGUGUGCAUGUUUUGUGACGUGUUAGAGACAACGUGUGAAAAGAAAGACAACUGUACCAGUGUCUGCAUAAAGAACUCCAUUUGUGCUAAUAAAGGAGAAAUAUGCGUAGCUAUAUGGAGGAAUAUUGGUGGCAACAUCACUGAGGAAACAAUAUGUCAUGACCCAAAAAAUGAACUGUAUGGCUAUUACCUGGAUGACUAUCUUUCCAAAGAAUGUAUCAUGAAAGAGAAAAAGACAAGUGAGGGAAUAAUGUUCAUGUGUUCAUGCGAUGAAGAUAUGUGUAAUGAGAGGUAUAUUUUUUCUAAAGAGAAAGACAUUAUAUUAGAUGCAGACCCAUCAAAAGACAUACUUCUGAAAGUUCUUCUGAUCACUCUCCUUCCACUGGUCUGGAUUACCAUUGCAGUCAUUGUCACCUUCUACUGCUACCGUGUUCAGAGAACAAAAAAGCUGAAAAAGAAAUGGGACAAAAAUCCAAAGUGCAUGCGCCAUCCUGAUAUGGACUGCAGCGAUGCCUGCGCAAUUAUGAUAGACGAUGAUCGCUCCGACAUCAGCUCAACCUGUGCCAACAAUCUAAACCACAAUACUGAGCUUCUUCCGAUUGAAUUAGACACUUUGGUGGGGAAAGGUCGAUUUGCUGAAGUGUACAAGGCCAAGCUAAAACAAAAUACAUCAGAACAGUAUGAAACAGUAGCUGUCAAAAUUUUUCAUUUUGAAGAGUAUGCAUCUUGGAAGAUGGAAAAAGAUAUUUUUUCUGACAUAAAUCUGAAACAUGAGAAUGUACUGCAGUUCCUGACAGCAGAAGAGAGGAAAACUGACAUUGGCAAACAGUUUUGGCUCAUCACUGCUUUCCAUGCUAAAGGCAAUCUGCAAGAAUAUUUAACCAAGCAUAUCAUCAGCUGGGAAGACCUCUUGAAACUUGGAGGCUCUUUGGCCCGCGGUGUUGCUCACUUGCAUAGUGAUCACACUCCAUGUGGCAGACCGAAGACGCCAAUUGUUCACCGCGACGUAAAGAGUUCCAACAUCUUGGUCAAAAACGACGUGACAUGUUGCUUGUGUGACUUUGGCCUGUCUCUUUGGCUUGAACCGUCACUUUCAGUAGAUGACCUUGCAAACAGUGGACAGGUCGGGACUGCAAGAUAUAUGGCUCCAGAGGUUCUAGAGUCUAGAAUUAAUCUGGACAACAUAGAAUCAUUUAAGCAAACUGAUGUUUAUUCAAUGGCGCUUGUCCUUUGGGAGAUCACAUCCCGAUGUAAUGCCAAUGGAGACGUAAAAGACUACGAACCUCCAUUUGGCUCAAAAGUGCGGGAGCACCCGUGUAUUGAAAGCAUGAAGGACAAUGUAUUGAGAGAUAGAGGGAGACCUGAAAUCUCCAACAGCUGGCUUAGCCAUCAGGGAAUCCAGCUUGUAUGUGAGACCAUAACAGAAUGCUGGGACCAAGACCCAGAAGCCCGUCUCACGGCUCAGUGUGUAGAUGAAAGGUUUAAGGAAAUGCAGAACCUCGACAGUCUUUCGGAGAGAAGCUGUUCCGAAGAGAAGAUACCAGAGGACUGUUCAUAGAAUGCAACCAAAUAGCAGCACCGACUUCAGCAUCUGUCCAGUAAAAACUCUUCCACAGGGGAUUGGCCUUCCUCCUCACGAGGAACCAUGUUUCUAUCACUGCUGUGUGAUAUGUGUCACUGCAAAGACCAAAGCUAUGUCUGUUUGUAAAUGAGAGCAGUAUGUGAUCAAACAAGCUGGCUUUACCACAGGAUCAUCUGGUAUGAGCACCUCAGGAUUUUCCCUUUUUUUUUUUUUUGAUAACAGCCAUAAUUGUUUGCACUUUAUUUUUUUAUGUAUAAAACUAAGGCUAGAUGGCAGACUUCCCAUAAGCCAAAAUCAUAUUCAGAAGUAGGUUAAAUACCUAGGAUAUUAAAGCUACUAAUAAGCUAGGGUGCCAGAACUAAACGGACUCAUUGUAAGGAUGCAUUGUAUGUGUGCACUGACCAAUCAGGAAAUACAGUGUAGAGGGUGAUCAGAGUUUAUCUCCAUGUAGACAAUGCCAAAGAGAAAACUAUACCCAUUGGUUAUUAGCGAGAACGUAGGACUGACUAUUAAUAAUGUUUCAAUGGUUCAGUGUAUUUGUUCUGCUCAGAUAUUCUUCUACAUUCAGAGUAUAUAUGUGUGUCUAUGUAUGUAUAUCUUCCUGUGGGCAGCACUCCGCUUGCAAGCUUUCCCUUGGGUGCACGGUAAAUGAACUAGACAUUUCCAAAAAAAGACCAGCAACACCGAGUCAUUUUGUGAAAAAGCUGAAAGUGUAUUCAAAUAAGCAUAAAAAUAGCCGGCUAUUUUCAUGCUAAUUUGAAUACACUUUCAGCUUUUUCACAAGAUGACUCGGUGUUGCUGGUCUUUUUUGGAAAUAUAUAUCUAUAUAUAUCAUAAAUAACAUAAAGGCCAUCAUAUAUGUUUAUCAGAUUAUUAAUUACAGUGAUGUAAGCAUACAGUGUGGAGUUAUAUGUUGCCCUGGUGGAAACAUAUCCAACCUGUUAAAUUAUACACAAACUUACACACGCAUAGUAUAAAUAGUUCUAAUUGUAAAGGACAUAGGAAGCAAACGAAAAUAGCAUGCAUAUCUACACAUCUAGACAUGGAAUGGCACAAUUAUGAAUCUGGCAAAAAGCUCUUUUGUUGCAGCAUAUGGGUUUGUGUAUUAAAUUUAUAUGACACAAUUAGCAGUUUGGGCAUGAAGAGAAUGUACAAAACUCAACAAUAAGAAGAGAACACAACAGGUGAAUGCUUGCCAUAUGUAUGUGUAUUCCCAUUGGUGUGCAGAGGGAAAAUAUCCAUCCAUAUUUCAUUAUACAUAAAGGAGAGUACUGCAAGGGAAAGGAGAAUUAAAGCCACUGUGUACUAACACAAUUCUUCCCAUUAAAAUGAAUGUGGGUUGUGUUGUGCUGCGUUGUGUUGUGUGAUAUCAGAGAAGGUUUGCUAUGUCUGUAGCUGUCAGAUUUCUUGCACAACUCACACUUCAUCCUUUUACUCCCCACUAGAUAAAUGCUCUCUUUUAGAACAUGCCUUUCCAACUGAACAAAUGGGAAGUUAUAAGUAGAAAUAUGGCAUAUGGAAGUCUAAAAAAUAACAAUAGGGAAUGAAAACGACAAUUUUUAUUAGAGUGAGUGGUUUUGUUUCUCAACGCCCUUUUAAAUACUCUUCUGCCCAAUCAUUUCAUUGCAUGUUAGGAAUGAUUGCUGCAGAGGUCUACAGUAUAGCUACAGUAAGUGCCCAACACGUCACAGGCAAAUACAUGUAUCAGUUUAGUUAAGCACAUACAUGGAAUCCAUAAAGAGAUGUCGCAACUCUGUCAAUUAUUCAAUGAAUGCAAGCCUAUCAGUUUGUCUGGGGCAGCCAUUGGGCUACUCUUCUGCAGAGCAAUACCUACUGUUCAAAAUGUGUGGAUGCACAAUAAACACUAAUUAGCAGGUACUCUGCUCCUUGCCUUAGAUUCACAUAUUCUGCAUCUGAACUGGUUCAAAGUGAGUCUCCUGAAGUGUCCGUCCUGUCCCAGUGAAAGCUGGAAUAGACUGCAAGAACCUAGGGAGGAGAACAUUUGCCUCAAUCUUCCCUUUCAUCAUUAUAGUGGAUUGAGGGAAACAAGUGGCUGAUUGGUUGCUAUGGUUACUUACUGACGCCCAUGUUAAAUAAAUGCUUAACAUUGUGCAUUCUUUAAAAUUCUUCCCCUUCAGAACCAUAAAUAUGCCCAAAUCCCACAGGGGCUGUUUUGGAUGUUGCCCCAGACAUACCAAUAGGCAUGUACCAUAUGAGGGCAGGGACAAUAUCCUUUCAGUAGGAUUUUCUUGUAUAAGAUUUUAAUCAUUACUGCUCUAUAUCAAUAUUCCAUUCAAUAUUCCCAUGAGAUGAAAACAUAUAAAGCAUGUACUAAAAACUCAA